CACAUACUUCUAUACCAUCAGCUCGUCCUUACCGUAAAGGGGGUGGAGCGACUAUAGUAAAGCUCGUGUAUUUUCCUGUUGUGGCAGCCGAAACCGAAUCGUUUUCAAACGUGGUCAAACAAAUAACAUACCAACACUUUCCUUCUAAGUGGAUAUAUUACGAACAUAGGUUAUUAUUUUAAGUAGUUCUUAGCGGUUUGGAAGGGAAUCGUAGCGCGCUGAACGGGCGACUCGCGACGAAGAAGAACGCUCGUUAAGGAGACUGCUGGUGGGACUUCAAUGUACCAUUUCGCGUUGUUUUGGAAGCAGUUUGUGUUUCUUCGUAAGGAAGUGGCAGUGGCGUCCUGUAGCUGCUGAAUGAGCGACCGUGAGCUGAUCGUAUGCUGACGUGCAGUGACGAGUCCGCCUCAGUCUGCUGUGAUUGGAUGCUGGAUGGAAUCAAGGUGAAUGGAAAACACGGAGCAGGAGCACAACCUGCCAGAAGGAGAUGAGACUCAAUGGCCGAAUGGAGUGAAGAGGAAAAGAAAGAAUAGUCAAUGCUCUAUGAACAGCACGUCUGAGAAGAACAUCUCUGUUCCUGGGUACGUUCCCAGUUAUCUGGAGAAAGAUGAGCCGUGUGUGGUGUGCGGAGACAAGGCCACUGGCUAUCAUUACCGCUGCAUCACAUGCGAGGGCUGCAAGGGUUUCUUCAGGAGGACAAUACAGAAAAAUCUUCACCCGUCCUAUUCCUGUAAAUAUGACAGCUGCUGCAUCAUUGACAAAAUCACCCGCAACCAGUGCCAGCUGUGCCGCUUCAGGAAGUGCAUCUCAGUGGGCAUGGCUAUGGAUUUGGUGCUGGAUGAUUCAAAGCGUGUGGCCAAGAGGCGUCUGAUCGAAGAAAACCGGGAGAAGAGGAAGAAAGAGGAGAUUGUGAAGACGCUACACAAUCGACCCGAGCCCACCGUGUCGGAGUGGGAGCUCAUUCGUAUGGUGACGGAGGCUCAUCGGCACACCAACGCCCAGGGCCCGCACUGGAAACAGAAACGCAAGUUCCUACCAGAAGACAUUGGACAGUCUCCAGCACCGACAUCAGACAAUGAUAAAGUGGACCUGGAGGCCUUCAGUGAGUUUACCAAGAUCAUUACGCCUGCCAUCACACGAGUUGUGGACUUUGCCAAAAAACUGCCCAUGUUCUCCGAGCUGCCCUGUGAAGACCAGAUCAUCUUGCUGAAAGGCUGCUGUAUGGAGAUCAUGUCGUUGCGAGCAGCGGUGCGGUACGACCCCGAGAGCGAGACUCUGACCCUGAGCGGAGAGAUGGCCGUCAGUCGAGAGCAGCUGAAGAACGGAGGGCUCGGAGUGGUGUCUGAUGCCAUCUUUGAUUUGGGAAAGAGCCUAUCACAGUUUAACCUGGAUGACUCUGAGGUGGCGCUGCUACAAGCUGUGCUGCUCAUGAGCUCAGAUCGCUCCGGAUUAACAUGUGUGGAGAAGAUCGAGAAGUGUCAGGAGAUGUACCUGUUGGCGUUCGAGCACUACAUCAACCACCGCAAGCACAACAUCUCCCACUUCUGGCCCAAGCUGCUGAUGAAGGUGACGAACCUGCGCAUGAUCGGCGCCUGCCACGCCAGCCGCUUCCUGCACAUGAAGGUGGAGUGUCCAACAGAACUGUUCCCGCCGCUCUUCCUGGAGGUCUUCGAGGAUCAGGAGGGAAGCACUGGAGUAGCAGCACAGGAAGACGGUUCCUGCUUAAGGUGAACCUCGUUUCGGUCCCCCGCCUCCAAACCACAUCCAUUCACGUGCAUCACAAGAAGUUUACCUUGUUCUGCUGCUUGCCCAAAACAAAAAGGACACAGCCAGACUCCCCCGAGAGCAUCUUUUGGAAUAGUUUAACCGCUGGUUCAGAUGCAUAGCUGGGUUUCAGCGUCCUUUUUGACCGAUAUUGUGUCAUUAUGGCUCCAGGAGUUUGGGACGUGGUCUCCAUUUAAAGUGACACAGAGGAACAAAAGGGCAAAAAGGACAAACUCACUGUGACUCGCUAAUCUCAGGCUCAAUGCAACCCACCAGCACUACAGACACACACUGCCCACAGACGCAAUCUACAGCACCAGCACGGGGAAUCAGGAAGACCUCUUUUUUUGUUUUUCUCUCUGGACGUACAGUACAGAACUGGUUUACAGCAGCACUUUUAUUAGAACAGAACAUUCAGUUCUUCACACCUAGCCAGAUGAUGAAUAUGUUGAUUGAGAAUUUGGCUCUAAAAUGGGUCAUAUUAUAAUGUUUUGAAAUAAAAGUGCAUUGUGCUAUGAAAUCAUA